GAGACGUGCCACACACCUGUGCUUCUCAGUAUAAUAGUAGCCAUCGUUCUGAGUCCCUCGGAUCGCUUCCGAGCUCACUGCAUGGUGUAUCCAAACGCUGCACAUGGAUCCUUUGGCAGUUUAAGAGGAGCAUCCCACAGCCAUUCAACCCUCCCUUGGACUCAUCCCCUGUCUUCCUCCGCCUGUUACAUUCCUCCUCCCCUCUGCAACGGAGAAAAUAGAGUGGGAGUGGGAGUGGUGGGAGAAUAGUGUGAGAUUUGAGAGAGUGGAGAAUGGUAGUCCAGAGCUCACUGUUGCUGCUGCUGCUGCUGCUUUUCCUUCUUCCUGUGGCAUACAGCGGUGUCACCUAUGACAGGAAGGCCAUCAUCAUCGAUGGGCAGAGGAGGAUCCUCAUCUCUGGCUCCAUUCACUACCCCAGGAGUACCCCAGAAAUGUGGGAAGGACUUAUUCAGAAAGCUAAGGAUGGUGGUCUGGAUGUCAUACAAACCUAUGUCUUCUGGAAUGGACAUGAGCCUUCACCUGGCACUUACAAUUUUGAGGGAAGGUAUGAUUUGGUGAGGUUUAUUAAGACAGUGCAGAAGGUGGGCCUGUAUGUCCACCUUCGAAUUGGUCCUUAUGUCUGUGCCGAAUGGAAUUUUGGAGGAUUUCCAGUUUGGUUGAAAUAUGUGCCGGGAAUCAGCUUCAGAACUGACAAUGAGCCUUUCAAGAUGGCCAUGCAAGGUUUCACCCAAAAGAUUGUUCAAAUGAUGAAGAGUGAAUCACUUUUUGGUUCACAGGGUGGUCCAAUCAUCCUUUCACAGAUUGAGAAUGAGUAUGGGCCUGAAAGUAAGGCAUUUGGUUCUGCUGGUCAUUCAUAUGUGAACUGGGCUGCGGAAAUGGCUGUCGGAUUGAAAACUGGUGUACCAUGGGUUAUGUGCAAGGAGGAUGAUGCUCCUGAUCCAGUGAUUAAUGCAUGCAAUGGAUUCUACUGUGAUUCUUUUACACCUAACAAGCCAUAUAAGCCUACAAUGUGGACUGAAGCUUGGAGUGGCUGGUUUACAGAAUUUGGAGGCACUAUCCAUCACCGACCAGUUGAAGACCUCGCAUUCGCUGUGGCACGCUUUAUACAGAAGGGUGGCUCAUUUAUCAAUUAUUACAUGUACCAUGGAGGAACUAAUUUCGGGCGUACAGCUGGAGGUCCCUUCAUUACCACCAGCUAUGAUUAUGAUGCUCCGAUUGACGAAUAUGGAUUAGUCAGAGAACCAAAAUAUGGACAUCUAAAAGAGCUUCACAGGGCAAUUAAGUUGUGCGAACGAGCUCUAGUUUCAGCUGAUCCAACAGUUAUUUCUUUGGGAAGCCUCCAACAGGCUCAUGUUUUCAGCUCCCAAUCUGGAGGUUGUGCAGCUUUCCUUUCAAAUCACAACCCAAAUUCCUUUGCCAGGGUAAUGUUCAAUAACAUGCACUACAACAUACCACCUUGGUCAAUCAGCAUUUUACCUGACUGCAGAAAUGUAGUAUUCAACACUGCAAAGGUUGGUGUUCAAACAUCUCAAAUGCAAAUGUAUCCUAUUAAUGUUCAGUCACUCAUGUGGGAGAGGUAUGAUGAAGAGGUUGCUUCAUUGGAAGAAAAUUCAUUGAUUACCACAACUGGGCUGUUAGAGCAGAUAAAUGUUACAAGGGAUACAAGUGACUACCUGUGGUACAUAACUAGUGUCGAUGUCAGCCCAGCUGAAGGAUUUUUACAAGGCAGAAAGCGUCCUGUCCUCAUGGUCGAGUCGGCUGGUCAUGCACUUCAUAUUUUUGUUAAUGGACAGCUGUCAGGUUCUGCUUAUGGGAGCAGGGAAGAUAGGAGGAUCAAAUUUUCUGGGAAUGUCAAUCUUCGUGCUGGAACUAAUAGAAUUGCACUGUUGAGUGUGGCAGUUGGAUUGCCGAACGCCGGGGUGCAUUAUGAGUUGUGGAGUACUGGAGUACUGGGUCCUGUUGUGCUACAUGGGCUUGAUGAAGGAAGUAAAGAUUUAACAUGGCACAAAUGGUCAUAUCAGCUUGGUCUAAAAGGAGAAGCUAUGAACCUAAACUCUUUGGAAGGUGCUUCUUCUGUUGAAUGGAUGCAAGGUUCAUUAGUAGCUCAAAAUCAACAGCCAUUAACAUGGUAUAGGGCAUAUUUUGAUGCUCCUGAUGGGAAUGAUCCAUUGGCUUUGGAUAUGGGUAGCAUGGGGAAGGGACAUGUGUGGAUAAAUGGACAAAGUAUUGGAAGAUACUGGACUGCAUAUGCCCCAAGUGAAUACUGCAACUCAUGCAGUUAUAGGGGGACAUACCGAUCACCCAAGUGUCAGAGUGGUUGUGGCCAGCCAACCCAACGAUGGUAUCAUGUACCACGUUCCUGGUUGCAGCCGACCAGAAAUCUACUGAUAGUAUUUGAAGAGCUUGGAGGUGAUGCGACAAAGAUCUCGUUAGCGAAGAGAUCUGUUUCUAGUGUUUGUGCUGAUGUUUCUGAAUGGCAUCCCACGAUAAAGAAUUGGCACAUUGAGAAUUAUGGCCGGCCUGAAGAGCACCACAAGCCAAAGGUUCACCUGCGAUGUGCACAAGGACAAUUUAUAUCUGCCAUCAAAUUUGCUAGCUACGGGACACCGAUUGGAACUUGUGGAAAUUUUCAACAGGGAGCAUGCCAUUCACCAAAUUCUCACACCAUCCUGGAGAAGAUGUGCAUUGGAAAGGAGAAAUGCAUGGUUGCCAUCUCCCAAAACAUCUUCGGCGGGGACCCAUGUCGAAAUGUCAUGAAAAGAGUUGCAGUGGAAGCCAUAUGUUCUUCAGCUGCUCAGCCGACAUCUUGAGCUCCAGAAAGCACAAUCAUAGGAAACUUCUUUUGCUGCUUUGAAAGAAUGACAGGAAAAAUUUGGCAUAACUGUAAAGUUCUCAAGUCGAUCAAAGGUAGCUUGUCUUGUGUGGCAGUUACAUGUAGAGGGAAAAGUUAGUCUGUAGUUAGUGCAUUUGUUCUACCAACUUCUCUAUUUGAAUUCUGAGACAUUCUCUGGUCCACCAUCAUAUUAUCAGAAGUUGGUGCCAGAAUGAAGAUCAAGAGGAAAGCAAAAGAAAACCACUACUUAAUUGCUUUCAUCUUGUUCCUUUUUCUUCUGUUAUUGCAGGAAGGUGUCAUCAAAAAAUGGUUGUAUCAAGUGGUUGAUUCUAAUGCUCUG